CUCCUUCCUGAGGGUCUUUAGCUGCGCUGUCCUGGCUGCUUCCGUGUCCUGAAUCCAUGAAAAACAUUCCCUUUCAUGGUCAUUUUGACUUUGGGAGGAGCCAAGCAUCACAGGGUGAUCCGACACUAAAAACGACUUUCAGAACUGCUUCAAGGAGUGACAAGAACGGGGCCAGGGCAUGAACCGCCAGUACACGCGCCGCGAGGUCUUCUGCGGAAACACCUGCCACGACCUCAGGCGCUUCUGGGAGCGGGAGAUCCGCAAGCAGACGCAGCGCCGCCAGUGGGAGGAGCAGCGCCUGGGCCGCAGCGCCCUGAGGAAGUACGCAGCGCCGUGCGGGCGGGCACUCUGA